UACAAUUAUCUUUUCUUAUUUUUAGCGUCGUCGUCAAGUGCCAACAGUUCUAUUAUCAAUCCCGGAUCCCCUAAACCUGAAAAACGUCAAGCAAAUUCUCCUCUACCACCACCGCCCGAAGCAACAGGUUAUGCAUCUAUUGAUAAAAUAAAUAGAAACGAUGACAAGUCGAGAUCUUCAUUGCCAGUGGGCAAAUCACUCGAGGAUAUGUAUGCGAAGGAUAAAAAAAAAAAGGAGAUGGAAGAGCAAAAUGAUGUUAAUUCAAGCUCUAACAAUAUUCUACACUUCGAAACAAGUAGAAAACUAAGUCUUAUAGAAAUUAGUCGGGCAUCAUGGUGCAGCCAUGAAUCUGUAGAAAUACAGAAGAAAGAGCCCGAUCUCAUACAUUAUUCCGCCAUUAACAAUAUUACGAGCAAUUUCCAUACAGAAGAUAAUAGUGCUUCUUUGAGAUUACCUAAAGUUGAUAGGGAUGUCAUCCAGUCGCAUUUAGAAUUCGAUCACGAAUAUGAAGCUGUUAAUUCUAAUAAUGAUCAAAAAAACUCCGUUGUUAAAGACAUCACGAAUUCAUGCAAUUUGAAUUACGAAAUGUUACGUCCGCAGUCUUCGCGAGGGAAUAAUUAUAAAUUUAAUCCAAUAUCUAUAAAAAAUAAUAUGGAUACAUACUCGAUACCAUUUAAGCGUAAGCAAGUGAGUAAUGCUAGCAGCGACGAUCAUGGUUAUGAGAAAGUGCAAUUGAGACAGCGAGAUGAAUUGAAUGAUACAGAUUCGGAGCCAAAUUAUGAAAGCAUGCCACAUGAUAUGAAUGAGCCUAAUUAUGCAUCUGUUUGUCGGCCUGGUGACAGCGAUACGGAUCCAAAUUACGAAUCUGUAAAUCACACUGAUCCAAAUUAUGAAAGUGUCAAAUACAUAAAUGUUGUGCAGAAUGAGGAACCGCCAUAUGAACAAGUAAAUAAUUUUUUGUUGAAUGCAAAUGCAGAUGGUUACGAAAAGGUAAAGAGUAAAAAGAAACCAAACAUCGAUUAUGAAAAGAUAAAUCUAAAUAAUUCCUUGGAACGAAUUAACAGAGGAGAUACCGAUGAUGAGCAAUACAUUCAAGUAUAAUGCUCUUAUUCCUUAUAUAAUUAUAGAUAUGCAUAAUGAUUGGAGCUGCUUGGUGAUUUUUCAGUACAAUUUUAUGCUUGUUCAAAAAUAAGAAAUACAAUUUAA